GUUGGGGGAGGACACAUGGAGAGGUCCCAGUCCUACUCCCAGCAGCAUGGGGGUGAACAAAGCUGGUGGGGCAGUGCCCCCCAGUACCAGUACAUGCCCUUUGAACAUUGUACCAGCUAUGGACUGCCCUCAGAGAAUGGGGGCCUUCAGCACCGGCCCCGAAAGGACAUGGGUCCCAGGCACAAUGCCCACCCAACACAGAUAUAUGGCCAUCACAAAGAGAAAUAUUCAUGUAAGGAACAAGACAGGGGAAUGCCCAAGAAGACGGGCUCCAGUUCUACCGUGGACACCUUGGAUGAGGACCACUAUUCUAAAUGUCAAGAUUGUGUCCACCGCCUGGGACGCGUGGUCAGAAGGAAGCUGGGGGAAGACUGGAUCUUUCUUGUGCUCCUGGGCCUACUGAUGGCUCUAGUCAGCUGGUGCAUGGACUAUGUUAGUGCCAAGAGCCUUCAGGCCUACAAGUGGACCUAUGCCCAGAUGCAGCCCAGCCUUCCUCUGCAGUACCUGGCCUGGGUCACCUUCCCACUUAUCCUCAUCCUCUUCAGUGCCCUCUUUUGCCAACUCAUCUCUCCCCAGGCUGUGGGUUCUGGAAUCCCUGAGAUGAAGACAAUUCUUCGUGGUGUUGUCUUGAAGGAGUACCUCACACUCAAGGCCUUUGUAGCCAAGGUGGUGGCCUUGACAGCUGGGCUGGGCAGUGGCAUCCCUGUGGGGAAGGAGGGUCCCUUUGUUCACAUUGCCAGCAUCUGCGCUGCUGUCCUGAGCAAGUUUAUGUCCGUGUUCUGUGGUGUCUACGAGCAGCCAUACUAUUACACUGACAUCCUGACAGUGGGCUGUGCCGUGGGGGUCGGCUGCUGUUUUGGAACACCACUUGGAGGAGUGCUGUUCAGCAUCGAGGUCACCUCCACCUACUUUGCUGUUCGGAAUUACUGGCGAGGAUUCUUUGCAGCCACAUUCAGUGCCUUUGUGUUCCGUGUCUUGGCGGUGUGGAACAAGGAUGCUGUCACCAUUACCGCUCUGUUCAGAACUAAUUUUCGAAUGGAUUUCCCUUUUGACCUGAAGGAACUUCCAGCAUUUGCUGUCAUUGGGAUCUGCUGCGGGUUCUUGGGAGCUGUUUUCGUUUAUCUGCAUCGCCAAGUCAUGCUCGGUGUCCGAAAGCACAAGGCUCUCAGCCAGUUUCUUGCCAAGCACCGCCUGCUGUAUCCUGGAAUUGUUACCCUUGUCAUCGCCUCACUCACCUUUCCACCAGGAAUGGGUCAAUUCAUGGCUGGAGAGCUGAUGCCCCGUGAAGCCAUCAGUACCUUGUUUGACAAUAAUACCUGGGUAAAGCACAUAGGUGACCCCCAAAGCCUGGGCCAGUCAGCUGUGUGGAUUCACCCCCAGGUCAACGUGGUCAUCAUCAUCCUUCUCUUCUUCAUCAUGAAGUUUUGGAUGUCCAUUGUGGCCACCACUAUGCCCAUACCCUGCGGAGGCUUUAUGCCUGUUUUUGUGCUAGGAGCUGCAUUUGGAAGGCUGGUAGGAGAGAUCAUGGCCAUGUUGUUCCCUGAGGGUAUCUUAUUUGAUGACUUCCUCUACAAGAUCUUACCUGGGGGCUAUGCAGUAAUUGGAGCAGCAGCUCUGACAGGGGCUGUCUCUCACACAGUCUCCACAGCUGUGAUUUGCUUCGAAUUAACUGGUCAGAUUGCUCACAUCCUGCCCAUGAUGGUGGCUGUUAUCUUGGCCAACAUGGUGGCUCAGAGUCUGCAGCCCUCUCUCUAUGACAGCAUCAUCCAGGUCAAGAAGCUUCCCUAUUUGCCAGACCUUGGUUGGAACCAGCUCAGCAAAUUUACAAUCUUUGUUGAGGACAUCAUGGUACGUGAUGUGAAGUUUGUUUCAGCUUCUUGCACAUAUGGGGAACUGAGAAACCUACUCCAGACCACCACAGUCAAGACUUUACCAUUGGUUGAUUCCAAAGAUUCAAUGAUCUUGCUGGGCUCCGUGGAACGCUCAGAACUGCAGUCCCUCCUACAGCGCCACCUGUGUGCAGAGCGAAGGUUGAGGGCUGCCCAGGAUAUGGCUCGCAAGUUAUCGGAGCUGCCCUUUGAUGGCAAAGCACGGCUGGCUGGAGAGUGGUACCCUGGCGGUCGACCCGAGUCCUUCGCCUUUGUGGAUGAGGAUGAAGACGAGGACCUCUCCAGGAAGACGGAGCUUCCACUGUCUCCUCCUCCUCCUCCUCCUCCUCCUCCACCUCCUCUCUUUCCUACUGUUCCAUCAUACCCUGAAGAACCUAAUGGGCCACUGCCCAACCACAAACAGCCACCUGAAGCCCCAGACCCUGCAGGUCAAAGAUCAUCCAUCUUCCGGUGCCUGCUGCGCUGCUUGCUGGGCAGAGCUCACUCUACAAAGAAGAAAAUAGCCCAGGAUUCAACGGAUUUAGUGGAUAACAUGUCACCUGAAGAGAUUGAGGCCUGGGAGCAGGAGCAGCUGCGCCAGCCUGUAUGCUUUGAUUGCUGCUGUAUCGACCAGUCUCCCUUCCAGCUGGUGGAGCAGACCACGCUGCACAAGACUCAUACACUCUUCUCACUUCUUGGCCUCCAUCUUGCCUAUGUGACCAGCAUGGGGAAGCUCAGAGGUGUCUUGGCACUAGAAGAGCUACAGAAAGCUAUCGAGGGCCACACCAAAUCUGGCGUGCAGCUCCGCCCUCCUCUUGCCAGCUUCCGGAAUACAACUUCAACUCGGAAGAGUCCGGGGGGGCCGCCCCCUCCUGCAGAGGGCUGGAGUCUGCCUGAGGGUGGAAAUGGGGCUCCUGGAGCAGAAGGCAUGGUUCCUCCCAUGCCAGAGACUCCUGUACCACCACCAUCUCCUGAGGUCCCUCACUGUGUGGCCCCAGCCAGAGCAGAGGGUGAGCUGGAGGAGCUAGAGAUGGUGGGAAGCCCAGGACCUGAGGAGGACCUGGCUGACAUUUUGCAUGGCCCCAGCCUUCGGUCCACUGAUGAGGAAGAUGAAGAUGAGCUGAUCCUGUGAAUAACCCCCUCCAAGCUUUCUUCAUAAAAACCAUGGGGCCCAUGCCAGGAAGUGGGCUUGUGUGUCAUAGGGGUGCCUUGAAGUUGAGGAGGCUCCCACUUCAUGUUGUUUCUACCCCUACUGUGAAGGUGAUGGUGAUGGUCUUGAGGAGAACUUGGCCUUGAGCAGGGAAGAAUUUGGGUCCAUCAGACCCCUUCCCCCAUUUCCAGGCAGGGUUCAAGGCCCCAAGCUUGGAAGAUCUCUGUGUUUUCCUGCUGUGCAGGUUCAGUCCCCAUCAGUCUUUAACCUCCCACAGUUCCCAGUGUUGUUCAGCUGCCAUCCUGGCCUGCCUGUCUAGAUUUCGGUUUCCACAUGGAAUAGGUAAGCGGAGGCUCAGAUUGAUUGACUCUGCAAGUGCCACAUUGGAAGGGAUGUGGGACCACAAUAUUGCCCUGCAGACUGACCACCUGACAAUGUGCACCUCAACCUGCCAGCCCUACCAUCUUCUUAUUUGCUCCCCGCAAUCUGUUUCCAGACCUAGUCAUUGCUGCCACUGCCUGUCCCCGGCCAGGCUGAUUUUCAGGGCUGAAAAAGCCAACCCUUGCUUCCAGGAAACCAAGUGCAGUUCCUUGGAAGAGGUUGGCAGGGGCUCUGUGUGGAGAGGCAGGUGUCAUGGCCCAGUGCAUGUGUCUGACCCUGCAGCAAAAAGCCUUCCUAUAUCACAGUCUCCCUGCCUAGUUCCAUGUUACCCCUGGAACAUGCAUAUUCCCUCUCGUCCGCCGCAAUGGCUGGCUUAGCUGCCAAGAGUCAUCUCUGCCUGGGAGUCACUCUUCCUGGGGCUCCUCCCCAAGCACCAGAAAGGCUCUCAUCCAGCAGGGUCAUGCAGAUUCCAGUCCUUUAUAAUAGCUCCUCGGGAUCUUCUGGCAUAGACUUGGGGGUGCCCUGAGGGUAGCAAGCUUUAGUUUGCUCCAUCCUUAGAGGACUCCCAUCUUUUUCCUUCCAAACCAGCCAGGAGGUUGACAGUUGUCCUGCACAGCAUUAGCUUGCUUCACCUAGAAAGAGAGGCCACAUAUUCUGAGCAGCCAGAUGCCCAGCUCCAUUCAUGGGCUCUUUUCCUUCCCU